AUGAUGCCCCUUUCACUCCGGGCCCUCGCGCUCCUGGGGCUCGCAGGGGCCACAGCAGCUGUGACCUUGUCGGUCGCCAAUACAGGCGGCAAUGCCACGUCUCCGUACAUGUAUGGUAUCAUGUUCGAGGACAUUAACCAGAGCGGCGACGGUGGCCUGUACGCCGAGCUGAUCCGGAACCGGGCCUUCCAAAACGGCACGCUUGACUCCUGGAGCGCGGUAGGCGGUGCUACUUUGACGCUCGACACCUCGACGCCCUUGUCGCAGGCCCUGCCUCGCUCAGUCAAGGUGACAGGCGGGAAAGGCACCGUGGGCCUGAAGAACCCCGGCUACUCGGGCAUCGACGUCAAACAGACCAACAAGUACAGCGGCAGCUUCUACUCGUACGGCGCAUACGGCGGGAGCUUCACUGUCUCCCUGUAUCAGGUCCAAUCGGUUGCUCAUGCCUGGACGCAGCACAAGUAUGAGCUCCGGCCGAUCAAGAGCGCAGCAAACAGCAACAACAGCUUCGUGCUAGAGUUCCACUCCGGGAAGAAGACCGAGUUCAAGUUCAACCUGAUCAGCCUGUUCCCUCCGACGUUGAUACGGGAAAGGAGCCCUCUAACCCUGCGCGAUACCUUCCGGUAUCAGACGUACAAGAACAGGCCCAACGGUAUGCGGCGGGACUUAAUGGAGAAGCUGGCGGAUCUGAAGCCCAGUUUUCUCCGAAUUCCCGGCGGUAACAACAUCGAGGGUGACUUUUUCCCCAACGUUUGGAACUGGACUGCUACCGUCGGUCCCCUAACUGACCGGCGCGGCCGUUUGGGCACUUGGACAUACUACAACACGGACGGUCUGGGGCUGGUCGAAUACAUGCACUGGGCAGAGGACCACCUCUGGGGUGGCCUGGACUCGUACAAGAGCUACCGACUGCGCCUGUUCUACGAUGUCAUCAAGGCCAAGUACCCCGACAUCUUCAUCUUCUCUUCCACAGCCGAGUACAUGUACAAGGAGUCGGGCCGUGACUACCACUUGUACACGCGUCCGGACUACUUUGUCUCCCAGUUCGACCAGUUUGAUAGGUGGAGUGCCGGAAUGCCCAUCAUCAUCGGAGAGUACGGUACUAUCCAGAACAACACGUUGACAGGCAAGGUUGAGGACGCCGACUGGAACGCAACCAAGAACCAGUGGUCCAACUGGAUUGGCUCCGUCGCCGAAGCCGUCUACCUUCUGGGUGCCGAGCGCAACGGCGAUCGCAUCUGGGGCACCACCUUUGCGCCGCUCUUCCAAAAUCUGAACAGCUACCAGUGGGCUUCCGACCUGAUCGCCUUCACGGCGGACCCGGCCGACACGACCCCCAGCGUCUCGUACCCGAUCAUCAAGCCCGGCGCCAAGGCAAAACUCACCGUCCUGUCGGCCGACAGCCCCUGGGCACACAACACGCCACAGAACAAGGACGUCGUCAUCACCACCGUCAAUAACGAAGUUAUACCUUGA